CUGGAAAGAAACUCAGCGUCGUCGUCAGCAGUUGCAUCGCGGGGCGGAGAGGCGGACCACGGCGAGGGAAAUCAGAUAUCUGGAAACUGGCACGGAAAUAGCGCAAAAGGAGACACUCACCUGUUAGACUACUGAACUGCUCUGCGCUGACGAGGCCUCCCCAUUCCGUGCCUGGAAUAUUCUGGAUCCCAGGAGGGGUUUUUUGUCAUCACCAUGAUCAGAUUCUUCAGGAGACUCUAGCACUGCAGACCCCCACCAAGGAGGGAAGAGGCUGGGCACGGAACCCUGUAUAUCCCAAAUUCAAAGCCGGACAUAGCGAAGGACCCAAGAACCAUGUAGUAUACCUCUUUCCGCCACAGGGGGGAGGGUUAACUUUGUAGUUCUUUUUUUGUACUUUUUUUUUUUUUUGGCUGGGAGUUGGUCUACAAGGUUAGCCAGAAAUGGUCUUGCACACCUCUCCCUACCCUAGUGCCUUCCUCAGUUUUCUGAGCCGUCUGUCUUGGGCCUUUGUUUUCCCUUGUUACUGGCUGUUGGACCGGUUGUUGGCCUCCUGUGUAGCAACAUCACUAGAGAAGCGUAGACGCUCCCAAGAUCCCUGCUCUUUUUUGGCACUUGGGGUCCUGAUCUCUACACCACUCUACCUGGUGCUGUUACUGGCAUCCUUACCAUUUGCUUUUAUUGGCUUCCUCUUGUGGGCCCCACUGCAGAGCAUCAGGAACCCCUACAUCUACUCUCACCAGAAACCAGACAAGCAUGGUGCCGAGCAGGGAAUAGCGGCUGGAACCGGGGCGGCACUUGCUGAAUGGCGUCCGCAAGGACGCAGCUUUUGCUUCGGCAGUGCCAAUGUUUGCCUGCUGCCAGACUCACUUGCACGCUUCAACAACCUUGCAGAUACUCAACGCCGAGCUCGUGAAGUGGGCAAGCGAAUCCGUAACGGUGCCAGCAGACCCCAGAUCAAGAUAUACAUCGACUCGCCCACCAAUACUUCAAUUAGUGCAGCAUCCUUCUGCAGUUUGGCCACCCAGGGCUUCCGCCGCACCUCAUCUUUGGACCAUCGUCCUGAGCCUGUAGUCACCACUGAACCUGAAACUGAGGCCUUAACUGAGUGUCCCGUUCACCCCUCAGGAAGUACAAGCUCAGAUUUCCCCGUCCACAGCACUGGAGCCCAAAAUUCUUCGGAGUGUCCCCUCCACCCCAACGGAGAAGAGCAUGCUCCUGAUUGUGCCGUCCACCAGUUUGCAGACCCACACUCCUCUGGUGAGUGUCCAGUACAUAGCAACAUCAUCCAGAACUCCGAAGACUGUCCUCUCCAUCCAGCUGGAGUGCAAAUCAGCAUCACCUCUCCUGAUUCCGAGCCAACUGAGGCUGAAAAAGGAAACCACCAGACCGGGGAUGGGGAUACGGGUAGCCUAGAAAGCCGUACAGCCUCACGGGAAUCCCUGGUUCGCUUCCACGCAGCCGAUGGAGGCAUCUCCCCCAACAACACCCUUUCACAACACCGCACCUCAGUCUUUAAAAGGCCGAUUGGGCGCAAACGGCGUCACGGAGACGACGGCUUUGACCAUGAGAUCUCUGCCUUCUUCCCAGCCAACCUGGACUUCCUUUGUCUGCAGGAAGUCUUCGAAAGGCGAGCUGCAGACAGGCUCAGGAGGCAGCUGCACCGCUAUUUUCCCUUUGUGCUGAGCGACGUGGGGCGCUAUGGUUGGAAAGGCUGUUGCUCCCGGUUCAAGUUCUUGAACAGUGGGCUUCUUUUGGCCAGUCGCUACCCUAUUCUGGAUGCCCAUUAUGAGUGCUUCCCUAAUGGGCGCAGCGAGGAUGCUCUGGCUGCUAAAGGAGUUCUUUUUGCCAAGGUGCAGGUGGGAAGCUCUGCUCAGGAUCAGCGGGUUGUUGGAUAUAUCGCUUGUACUCAUCUGCAUGCUAUUGAAGGUGAUUCAUCGGUGCGCUGCGAGCAGUUGGAUAUGCUGCUGGAGUGGGGAGCAGAGUUCAAGAGGGCCACCUCAGGUCCCAUGGAUGAGGAGAAGGUUCUGGAAGAUCAGGUGGCCUUCGAUGUCAUCCUCGGAGACCUCAACUUUGACAACUGCUCCUCAGAGGAUAAACUGGAACAGCAGCAUGCCCUCUUCACUCAUUAUAAAGACCCCUGUCGUCUCGGUCCUGGAGAAGACAAACCGUGGGCUUUGGGUACACUGCUGGACACGAGUGGUCUUUAUGAUGAGGAAGUCAGCUCACCAGAGAGCCUACAAAAAGUUAUGGAGAAUGAAGAGGGGAGAAAAGAGUACUUGGUGUUCCCCGCUAGCAAGAACCAUUGUCCCAGCCAGAAGGGGCGCAAAAUCCCCCUGAAAGGCAAUGGCAGGAGAAUCGAUUACAUCCUUUAUAAAGAAGAAGGCCUGCAGCCAGACUGGAAAGUGGAUAUAGAGGAGUUCAGCUACAUCACUCAACUUGCUGGAUUGACUGACCACCUCUCAGUGGCUGCAAGAUUGGUUGUGUCAACUGGAGAAGAGGAGACUUAGGACCCGGCCAUAAUUUAAAGAAAAAUCAAUGCCACGGAGAGAGAGAGAGGAGAGGCAAAGAGAGAGAGAGAGAAGUGAGUGAAAGGAAAAACAGCAGGAGGAGGCAUUCGUCAAGCUUCCCGACAGAUGAGGGCAGGGUGAUUGAGAGGGUUGGUAAGUCAUAAAAACGAUGGAUGACAUAGAUGGAGAACACAGACAAGAGAGGGGGGUGAAGGAAAGGAGAAAACCACCAAUCAGCUCAAAGCAGCGUGAAGGUGUGUGAUUUUGUGGACCUUGGUUCUCCAUCCACCCCUGGACUCUCCGUGUUUACAUCUGAACUGAAGAACAAAAUUAAAGAUUUACUCACCUUUGCACUUCUGAAGCUUCUCUGGGGCCCUUAAAGGGGUGGAGGCCAUUUUCUGGUGCCAUGACCCGGAUAUUCGAAUGAAGGCUGUUGCAUGGAAGAAUGCGUACAUUGACUGUUCUGGUCGUCUGUCACACAACAUGGACAAGGACAUGUGCGUCUGUGUGUUUAAAGUUAGUCCACCGCAAGAUCUAUCCCUCAGCGUUCUUCAAAAGACCUCAGCAAGUGUCUUUCUUUUCUAACGUCUUUCUAAGGUUUCUAUGGCCUCGCGCCAUCUUUUUAGGGAGUUUAUAUACUGAUAUACAAUACUGAUCAAGGUUGCAUUGUAUGGCCUCAAGUAACACUAAGUUAAACGAUUGAGAACAUGUUUUGUUGACUGCUGGGAUACAAUGACCAAGUCCUGAAGUAUGGCAGUGGCGCCAUCACUGCAAACUAUGGGAAAACUGAGCAACUGGUGGGGAUUUAACCCCAAACUGUUGGUAGAUGCAUGUUUCUCAGUGCACUGCCAUGUUUGUCAUGGCCUGCAUGUUUGACGUGAACCCUGAGACGCAAUUAACACUGGCUAUUUUUCACACACAAGCCCCCUCCCCUAACACGUUUCCUUCUUGCAGUAUUGCUGUGGCUCCAUCACAGGAGAAUGAUGUCGUAAAAGGCAUCGCAGUGUUCACUGUUUACAUAUUUGAGCCAAGAUUGUCGUCCCCUGCAAAUGUUUACACACUUAUCAGGCAACGGAACCCCAAGAACUACCCCAGGUAGACCCACCGAAGCUCGCUCUUCAUGUGUUAACACAAUUGCUUUUAUACUCUCUAAAAUUCUCUUGUUAUAAGUUGUUAUUAUUGCUAUUAUUGUUAUUAUUAUCAUUAUUCUUAUGAUUACUAUGGUUCGUAGAUUUGACAUUAUGUGCUUUUUACAAAUGACUACAUUCCCCAUGAUGCAUUUAUCUGCUUUUUGCUGUGUUAGAGGUUAACAGCAAUGUAGUGUAGAGCUCCACCCUGUUUUGACUGACAGACCAAUUGGCCAAUCAGUAUGCCUAUAAACAACUUUAGAAUUACCAUAUCAAAUGCUGUGUUCCAUUCAGUUCUGAAUGUGCAAGGGAAUGCAACUGAAACACCAGAAGCAAAAGGCGUCCGGUUGUGUUAACAGUUGUUGCAUGCGCAUUCUCUGUAGAUGUGGAAAUACAUACUAAAAUAUAACCCAAUCUCAUGAAUGUGCGUUUCCAUGGCAUAAUUUUCUGUUUCUAUUUGGAAUACUAUUUAUAUGCAUAAAUGGAUUUUGGCAUGCAUAUGAUACACAAUUGGUAGGUUUAGGGGUGUGGGGUAGGUGCGUAUUAUAUGCAUGUCAAACGUGCGUAUUGUAAGCAUGCCAAAGUCAGUUUCUGUGUAUAAAUAGCACGUAAAAUAGAAGAAAAAAUCAUGCUGUUGAUACGCAUUUUCAUUAGACCGGGAUAAAAUACUAAAAUAAUGACAGAAAGCGUUUCUUCAUCAUUGGGUUGAAAGGUUCUGAGCAUGGAGAGGGAUAGUGAAAGGGAUAGUUCACCCACAAAAUGAAAAUUCUGUGGAAAAUUCGCACAUUCACGAUAGUUCCGUGACACAUGAGUGUGGUUCUGCUAAUGCAGGAACCGGCAUUCUGACAUAGAACCCAGAUGCGCUGCUCCCUGUUUAGAAGCAGAGAAAGACGCAGGCUGUAUGUAAAACAGUCUUUGUAAACAUGUCUGAAGAUUUCAACAGAGAGGAUGACUUGUAAUUUCUGAGGGUAAUUAAUGGAAGAAAUUUCAUUUUUGAGUGAACUAUCCCUUUAAGAGUAGGUUAUUUUUAGUGAAUCAACAACGUAUAUGAGUGAUGCUUUUGAGUCCUUUUUGGUCAAUCGAAAACAUACAGCGCAAGCAUUGAAGUCUGAUUACUGAAAGAAUGACCAUUUGGAGUUGGUUCUUUUUGGUGAAACAUGAAAAUACAGCGCAACCAAGGAAAACUGGUUCCUGAAUCAGUGACUCUUUUGAGUUUAUUCUUUUUGGUAAAUCAAAAGCAUGCAGCUUAUUGCAACUAACAGUGAGAUUUACAACAGCACAGUUACAACAAUGUUCGUCUUAGUUAUGAUGAUUUUUCAUGACAAUGUCUAGCUAAAAAUGUUUGAAUUUUGUCAGUAUUUUAUAAAUAUUAAUGAAUAAAAGAUUCACAUUUUUUGUUUAUUUUUAUGUUAUUUUUGUUUAAUAUACAAGGCCAAAAAAAAAGAACUGUGAAAAGUCAUUAAAAAGUCUAUGUAAACAAAAUAUUCAUAAUAAUUGUAAAUUUAAAUGUAUUCAUUCUACCUGUUAUUUACAAAAAAAAAAAAAAAAGGUCGUGGUUUGAAGCCAAUGAUAAAAACAACCCACAUCAAACUUUGGAUGGAGCGCAGCAUUGAUCUAGUCCCAGUGCAUCCUCUCACCACUAAUUUUAAUCUUGCGUAUCGUUCUUCAAUCAGGUCAGUGUGCCAUAAUAAUUAACCCUAUCCAGAUCCACCAGUACUAAUGCUUAUAAGGGAGCACAGGGUAUGAUUCAGAUUAUCUCUUAGUAACCCGUGUUCAUUUAAUCUGAAGUUAAACUCUUCCUAUCAUAUCUAAACAUUUUUCAAGGUCAUUGUUGAAGGGUCAGACAGGGAGAGCUGUUGUAGAGAUGCAUGCAGUGAAAUAAUGAAGCUUCACAAUUUCUCACUCUCAUCGCUGUCCAUUAAGAUCUUACUGUUCUAUAUAUUGUUUUCGAGACUAUGUACUUUUUGUUGUGUUUCUCUUUUCUUUUCUUUUCUUUUUAAAUUUUGAGGAAUGUGGCUUGCUGCAAGCUUUCAGCUGGUCAGGCUCUCAAGGGGAAAAUGGAAAGGGAAAAGCUUUCUCAGUGUCAGCUCUUUAUAAAUGCAUUUUGGUUCUGCUUUUUAUUAAAAGAAAAUCCCUCUUUGAUUCAAAGUGUGUGCAUUUUGAUUAUUCGUUAAAAAUGUGUUUAGAGUUUUGUUUCACAUUUUUCUCA